CACUGUCUCUCUCCAUUUCACUUGUCGAGUUUGAUAGACUGACGGGUCCAGGCUAUUAGCGAUAAUAUCGAUGAGUCUGCUUGCCUCCGUCUCUUUAUUUGCGCUCGUCCUUGGCCGUCCCAUAUUGCCUGGCACAGAAUUAGACGUUCAGUCGUUCCCUGAAGUUGGCCAGACCGCCUUCCAGAUCGGUGCAGGGUUGGUGCUUUUUCUUCCACUUGCAUUCCUCAUGUCUUUCAUCUUGAUGACUGGUUUUCAUUCCGCUUCGACAUAAUUAGCAAAGAUGCAUACAGGGAUGAUACAGCACGUGUGUCGUUCAUGGCUUCGGACGAUGGGGAGCAGAACGAUUACCUUUUCCAGGUAGUCCCCUCGACUGGGGAACCAGUGGUGUCCCUCAGGGAGCCGUCCACCCUCGAGCACACGGAGGGUGAAUCACGCAGCGGCCCGUUUAUGGUUUCAGACGAGCAAAUCAGUGAACUCAAUGUUGGGCAUAGUAGUGAGGGGUUGAGCGACUCGAUACACGCGCCGACCAAUACUUCCGCCAGUGUCGGUCGUUCCCCGAUAUCCAACAGCGACCAACGUCAACCGACCUUCUCGUUGUUGGUGCUGGUGCUCUCUUGCGUAGCUGCAUUCUUGGCUUUGGCCUGUAUUAUGCUGGUUUUGUAUAUCACCAAGUUUCUCGUUUCCCACGUGCUUGCCUCGAGGAAUGCAUGGGAACUGUUACCCCACUUCCAAAAGUCAGGAGCACCUUUUCCACAACCAGAGACUACCAUCACACAAGAUCAUGCUCAGUUCAAUCCCUGCCGCCUGGUGGAAAAGCGCGGUUUGUAUGAUGAAGAAACCCCCAAAGAUGUUGAUACGUCAGACAUCGAUUCGGAUGGGGAUGAUGUCGAAAAGUAUCAAGACGCCACGGAUAUGACUCCGAUUCAUUUUGCUUGCGAUCUUCCCCCAGACGUCACCGGAACUUCCACGGAUAAUUCCACCGAAAAGCUCCUGCCUUUACCUGCCUUUUCAUGUAUUCAAACUUCAUCUCGUGACCCAGACAAUCCUGUGGCAAGGGAGGUGCCCUCCACCACGCCUUCCCGGCCGCUGUGGUCAGUUCGUGCUGGUGCAUCCCCUCCACUUGGCUUGGUUCCGUCCCGGACGGCUCAUGACGAGGCAAUUCUGCCCCUUGUGCACGGUCGCCGACGCGCUUACCGGUCAGCCGUGCCCGAAUUUGAUAUUGCACUUGCACUCCGACUGCAUCCUGGGCUUGGGAUCAGUGCUGAUUCCGCAUGGGUGGUUCGUUUUUUGAUGACCAUCUUCGGAUGGUUUGCAGUCGCACUGUCUGCAAAUCGGUGAUACCCGAUACUUGUGAUGACAGAGUGCCUACAUACCCCACCGUAGCGACUGUGAACGUCUUACAUGCUCAAUCAUCUGCCUCCCGAAACGAAUCACCCUAUGCAUUCUGUUUAUCGAUUACACUUCCUUCUUCCGCUCGCCCUAAGCCCGUAUUCAUCCGCGCCUGCUCCUUUAUGGCCAACCCCUCGGCUUUCCGUCGCAGCACUUUUCGCAUGAUAUUGAAACCAACAUUAGAUACUAUCUUUCCAACUCACGGAACACACACAUCACUGCAUAUUUUCAUCACACUGGUUCCUGCGAUUUUCACUAUUGUCCAAGCCUUUAUACCUCCUCCGAGAGCAUGUCGUUUCUUAUAAUGGUUGACUUUUUUGAGUUGUCCGUCGUUAGAAUUACAGUGGUUUGGCUUAUACGUUUGGGAUGAAACCAAGUUGGCUUAUGAUUGUUUAACUGGGAUUGCUAGCCUUG